AUGAGGUGUAAAGUUCUUGAUAAAUGGGAAGAAAUGAACACACUAGAGACCGUGAAGAAAGAAAUAGUGGUUUAUGCCAUGGCGGUGCAUAUAAUGGCAAAUACUCUUAAAAAAUACAGGCAAAAAAUAAUGAAUUCUAAACACAUCCUAGAGAAGCUCACAAGAAACACCAAGAAGGAAGUAGAAGGAAAUAGCACAGAAGUUUUAAAUAAACUGAAAAUCACUCAGGAAAAUCAAAGUUUCUUAUUUAUAGAAUCAGAAUAUUCAAAGGUGGAAGGGACCCAGAAGGAUCAUCCAAGUCUGACUCUUGGCCCUGCACAGGACAGCCCCAAGAAUGACACCAUGUGCUCAAGAGCAUUGUUCAAACGCUUCUCCAACUCUGACAGCCUUGGAGCUAUGACCAUACAGGUACAGAAUGGACUCCUAUGGUACUUAAAGUCUUACAAGUUUUCUGAAAGCAUCCUACUGAUGGUUUUUACACCCAAAAUGGAGAAGUUCAAGCCUUUGUCUCUUCUGACUGCUCCCUAGUGACAGUUUUGGUAACUUUGUGCAGUGCAAUUUUCUUUCUGUUGGUAACUUGCUUGAGAUUCUUAAACUUCUUUGACAUAAACAUUUCUUUAUUUGAAAGGGGUAUAUUAUGGGAUCAUUUCAAGCAUUUGAAGUAAUAUAUUUUAAGAAGUUAAAUCAUGCAUGUUUGAUUAUUGAUGUUGCCUGUCAGAAGUAUUGAAUAUAUUUGUUUCUGUGGUGCUUUCAGUAUUUUGUUUUAGCACAAGACCAUUUAUUUCUGCCUUGUUUUUAGUCUUCCAAAGCUCUGUAUAUUCCAAAGCUUUGGAUGAGGAGACUCCGACCUAAAGUAUGAUGGAAGAGAGGCUAUCCCUACCUAUUUAACCACUGUCAAGGUCAUGAAAUGCACAUACUUGUACAGGUGUUUGUUUCAGCAUAUUUAACAUAACUUCAGAUUGGUGGUUGUGAGUUUUUAGUGCUGCUUAGAGGUUUAUUUUUCUUACCUGAAGUACAAUUUUACAGAAACUGAGCAAACGUCAGUCAGAACUAAGGCUUUAUAUGAGUGGAAAAAUAUAUCCAUAAAUAUUUGAAAUGU